AUGCCACCUAAUGGGUUGUCAUCUUUGGACUGCCCAAAGACACAUCUGCUGCUGCUGCUGGAAGAAACAGCUUCAAGAACAGCCAUGCCGCCCUUAGGCCAGUCUUCCAGGACUGCCACACCAUCAUCCACCACCAUCAUCUUGGACUGUCACGCUGCCCACCACCAUGCUGCACUCCAGCAUGUCGUCCCAGACUGCCACGCUGUCCACCAGCAUCUGUCAUCCCAGACCGCCACACUGCCCGCCAGCUCUGUCGUCCCGGACCGCCAAGCUGCCCACCAGCGUCGGUCGUCCCGAACCGCCACGCUGCCCACCAGCUCUGUCGUCCCGGACCACUAUGCUGCCUACCAGCAUCUGUCAUCUCGGACCGCCGCACUGCCUACUGGUGUCCGUCGUACCAGAACCCACGCUGCCCACCAGCGUCCGUCAUCCCUGACUGCCACCCUGCGCUCCAGAUCUGUCGUCACAGAUCGCCACAACACCCACCAGGGUCUGUCGUCCCAGAUUGCCACGCUGUCCACCGGCAUCUGUCGUCCUGGACCGCCACGCUGCCCACCAGAUCUGUCGUCCUGGACCGCCACGCUGCCCACCAGAUCUGUCAUCCUGAACCGCCACGCUGCCCACCAGAUCUGUCGUCCUGGACCGCCACGCUGCCCACCAGAUCUGUCGUCCUGGACUGCCACGCUGCUCUGUCGUCCCGGACCGUCACGCUGCCCACCAGAUCUGUCGCCCCGGACCGCUACGCUGCCCACCAGAUCUGUCGCCCCGGACCGCCACGCUGCCCACCAGAUCUGUCGUCCCGGACCGCCACGCUGCCCACCAGAUCUGUCGCCCCGGACUGCCACGCUGCCCACCAGAUCUGUCGCCCCGGACCACCACGGUGCACACCAGCUUCCGUCGCCCCGGACCUCCACGCUGCCCACGAGCGUUCGUCGUCCUGGUCUGCCACGCUGCCCACCCCCAUCCGUCGUCCCGGACCGCCACGCUGCCCACCAGCGUCCGUUGUCCCAGACCGCCACGCUGCCCACCAGCGUCCGUUGUCCCGGACCGCCACGCUGCCCACCAGCGUCCGUUGUCCCGGACCGCCACGCUGCCCACCAGCGUCCGUUGUCCCGGACCGCCACGCUGCCCACCAGCGUCCGUUGUCCCGGACCGCCACGCUGCCCACCAGCGUCCAUCGCCCCGGACCGCCACGCUGCCCACCAGCGUCCAUCGCCCCGGACCGCCAUGCUGCCCACCAGAUCUUUCACCUCAGACUGCCACGCUGCCCACCAGAUCUGUCGCCCCGGACUGCCACGCUGCCCACCAGCGUCCAUCGUCCUGGACCGCCACGCUGCCCACCACCGUCCGUCGUCCAGGACCGCCACGCUGCCCACCAGCAUCCGUUGUCCUGGACCGCCACGCUGCCCACCAGCGUCUGUCGUCCUGGACCACCACCCUGCCCACCAGCGUCCAUCGUCCCAGACCGCCACGCUGCCCACCAGAUCUGUCGCCCCGGACUGCCACGCUGCCCACCAGAUCUGUCGCCCCGGACCACCACGCUGCCCACCAGCAUCCGUCGUCCCGGACCGCCACGCUGCCCACCAGCGUCCGUUGUCCCGGACCGCCACGCUGCCCACCAAACCUGUCGCCCUGGAUCGCCAUGUCACCCACCAGCGUCUGUCAUCCUGGACCUGCACACCACCCACCAGUGUUAGUUGUCCUGGACUGCCACGCCGCCCACCAGUGUCCAUCUUUCCAGGCCACUGCAUUGCCCAGCGUCCCUCGUCGCGCCACCACCAUCUGCUGUCCCAGAACAUCAUGCCGCCCACCAGUACCUGUCAUCUGAGACCGCCACGCUCCCCACCAGCGCCUGUUAUCUGAGACCGCCACGCUGCCCACCAGUGCCUGUCGUCUGAGACCGCCACACCGCCCGCCAGCGCCUGUCAUCCGAGACCGCCACGAAGCCCACCAGCGCCUGUCAUCUGAGACUGCCAUGCAGCCCACCAGCGCCUGUCGUCUGAGACUGCCACGCCGCCCGCCAGCGCCUGUCGUCGGAGACUGCAACGCUGCACGCCAACGUCCCUCGUCCCAGAUCGCCACACUAUCCACCAGUGCUCAUCUUCCCAGACCACCAGCAUCCAUCAUCUUGGACUGCCAUGCCGCCCAUCAGCUGCCAUCAUCCUGGACUACCUCGCUGCCCAACAACAACGAAUGUCCCAGACCACCACGCUGCACGACCAUCUUCCUGGACCACCACGCCGCCCACAGUGGCUGCCUUCCCGGACCGCGCCGCCGCCCACCAGCGGCUGUCUUCCUGGACUGCAACACCGCCUACCAGCGGCUGUCAUCCUGGACUGCAACACCGC